AUGGAAGAACGAGCAAAGUACGCCCAACAUGAUGGCCACGAGCAGUCAUACUCUCCUCGGGACUCCCAACCCCAGCUGUUGUCAUUUGCAUAUAUCAGGCAGAUGCAGAGUGGUGCGCCAGCGACUCGGAGGCAGUCGUUUCCAUCUCUCAGACCCUUCUCGACGCCACGAUACCGUGCCAAGUCGCGCUUCCUGGUGUCGACAGCAAGGGCCGAUUGGAAGAAGCUUCCACCAUCAAUCCUCAACCUCGUCCUACAUCAUCUCAGACGUCUCCAUCUGAGCCCAGGGUCUUCGUCGUGUUCAACAUGCUACCUGCGGGAUUUGAGCUCGGUGCAGCUGACGUGCAAGGCAUGGUUUUCUGACGCACAGCGGAUCCUGUAUACCAACAUCCAGAUCAUCGGCCAGGAUGAUCCCUCGAUGCUGCGGAAGUGGAGAGUCUCGCGAGCAGCGCGCCUGGUGCGGCUGCGGUCCACGCUUCGUGCGAGACCACUCCUCGCCGCCCUGGUGAGGACACUCCACGUUCCGGAUCCUCAUAUCCCCAUCUACCUGGCCAGUGGCAGUCCAAACCCCGAGUAUGAUGCGUACCUUUGCACCAUCGCGUCCGUCGUCAUGGAAUGUCCCAACCUGGAAGCCUUGACAGGAUUCGUCGCAUUCUACAACCACACGUUUGACCGGCUGACGCACGCACUGUCGACGCGGACGAAGCUGCGCCAGCAUGUUUGGAUCAUUGCCGAGAAUGACGAUGUCAGUGUACGAAGUCAGACACAAUUGCCCCCGGGUCUUCUGGACGACCACCAGACGUACCAGUUCGAGCUGUACCACUGGCGGUGGAAACGCCUCGAAACACUGCUGCUGUGCUCGCCAGGGAGCCACGGCGUGAUCGAGCACGAGUUAUUCAUUCGCGUCCUCCACUCCUUGCCCGCUUUGCGCCACUUGUGCAUCUCGUCCUUCGACGCCGACGAUUUUCACGACAUGACACUCCUCUCACUCCCGCCGUGGGUCACGGCGCUACGGCUGGAGGAGUGCUUGGGGGUCACCGAUGCCGGCCUGACGCAGUGGGCGGCGAGCCCCAACGCGGCGCAGACCGAGCGGCUGAGCCUGAUUCACCAGGACGUCACGAGCUUACUGACGCUGUCCAAGAUAUUUGCUCGCUUGGGUCGCCUGUGGAAAUUCACCAUAGUGCAAACGGACGUCGUGCCGACCUGGCCUCAAGAGGUGGGAGUUCUGUUUCAGCCAGUCCUCGCCUCGGGGUCUUUGAGAUUUCUCCACUGGGAUAUUCUAUGCCCAUCGCCAGAGUCUCUUGCGGACCACCACAGCGACGCUGCUAAUGCGGAGGAACAGCAGAUGCCGAACGUGCAACUUGCCCUCUCAAUCUCCCACCACGGUUUUCCGACAUUGAGGCACCUGCGCGUCCCUCGAGAUGUCUUCCCGCCUGGUGCUCUGCAGUCAGUUUGCGAAAUGGUGGGUGAUGACGGCAUGCUUCUCGACGAUAGCCCUGGCUACCAUCACCAGUUCUUGACCAGAUCGAACUCCUUACGAGGAGCUCGUCAGCGUGCUCGGCGAAUUGCUCACCAAAUCCGCACGGAGGGACUGGAUUCUGUUCUUCCGCGUGCUCUCCAAUACCCGGCGACGACGAUGCUGCCAACUUGGAGCCACGACGGGCCGGAUUCGUCGCAAGUAGUAAUACUCAAGGACGAAAUAGAAACACCAAUUCCCACCUCGGGGUACAAGGAGCCAGAUACGUCCUAUGCUCACGACCACAGCCGAACCACUCCUGCUCCUGCUCCUGACCAGAGGACCGUCCACCACGAACUGGUGUCGCCGAUUUCUCCAGGGAUUUGGCCCUUUUCGCCGUUGGCACCGGACGACGGUAUCAUCUCCCCAAUUACUGCGGAACGAGAGGAGAGGUGUUGGUACAACAGAAACAACAACGAGGACCCCGACAAGGAAGUAGUGGUAAUACCACCACACACGAGUGUGCCCUUUGAGUGCAUGAGGUAUGGGGGUCCUCCUUGGCAAGCUCCAAGCGAGGAGAAAAGGUGCGUCUGCGAUGAUUGGGCGACAACUCAAAGUGUCGAAGGACGAAGAUGUUGUUCCAUCUCCCCGCCGCCGCGGAGUCCUCUUCGGUCGGCCCUCCGCGCUCCAGGUCCUGUCCCUGGCCCGUCUGUCCGUGGCAGUUUUGGAGACCACAACUGUCGCGAACCACAAUUGCUGGAUCGGAGAGGAUCUCUCGUGGUCCCCACUGGCUCAGCCAGAGUCAGAGCCAGAGCCCGUCAGCAGUCCCAACGUCCCAUCUUCUAUCUGCAGCCAGACAUCGUCGGACGAGACGAGAACGGCGGCCUGAUCGGGUGGGCCGAGCUCCUGGACAUCCGCGAAAAGGCCAAAGUGCCGCCGCGCACGGAUGAGAGACGCAUUGCCAGGUCCGAUGGACGACGUGGCGCUCAGUCAGCCGAAGAUGAUUGCACUGACGACGAUAACGGCCGCGGCCAAUGCCAAGGGAGAAGAACACCGAACAUGUGUACGGGCUCCUGGGGGAAGAACAAGCGAAGCAUUGAUGAUUCCGACGCGGACGGACUGCACCGGCCCAACAAUCUCGGCGCCGAUGCCGUGGUCGCCAAAGUCCUCUCUGCACCGUUCACCGCCGUCAGUGCCACUGCUGCUAGGGAGAAAGGCAGACCGAGGUCGAGGUCGAAAUCCAAAUCUAGGUCCUCCACGUCGAGAUUCAAUCUAUCUCUGGGCCUGCGCGGCUCCAAGGAAGAGACCAUGUCCCACGAGACGACAGGGAGGCAUCAAGAGAAGGAGAAGGAGAAGGAGAAGGAGAAGGAGAAGGAGAAGAAGAAGAAGAAAAAGAAGAAGAAGAGGAUUCGAGACGUGUGA